CGUGGCGCAUUCAUUGCUGCGUCUUGCCAUGCAGGGUUCGGAAUCUUGGCAGGUGGGAUUGUUGCUCUCAUUGUCUCGCUUUCGUUCGAUCACGCGUAUAACGCCCCCGCUUAUGAGGUCGAUCCGGUGGGCUCCACUGUGCCACAGGCUGACUAUAUCUGGCGUAUCAUACUCAUGUUUGGAGCCCUCCCCGCUGCUCUCACUUAUUACUGGCGGAUGAAGAUGCCCGAGACAGCCCGGUACACCGCUCUAGUUGCCAAGAACGCAAAGCAAGCUGCUACAGAUAUGUCCAAGGUGUUGCAGGUGGAUCUCGAAGCAGAACAAGAAAAGGUCGAUAAGCUUGCUCGGGACACAAGGAAGAACUAUGGCUUGUUCUCUAAGGAAUUUGCCCGCCGGCACGGCCUUCACUUGCUUGGGACCACCAGCACGUGGUUCUUGCUGGACAUUGCUUUCUACAGUCAGAAUCUCUUCCAGAAGGACAUAUUCAGCGCCAUUGGCUGGAUCCCGCCAGCUAAAACCAUGAACGCGAUCCAUGAAGUGUACAAAAUCGCAAGGGCACAGACGCUGAUAGCUCUUUGCAGUACAGUCCCCGGUUACUGGUUCACUGUGGCCUUAAUCGACAUCCUCGGUAGGUUUUUCAUCCAGAUCAUGGGCUUCGCGAUGAUGACAAUAUUCAUGUUUGCACUCGCGAUUCCUUACGACCACUGGAUAAAGAAGGGGAAUCACAUUAGCUUCGUCGUGCUCUACUCGUUUACAUUCUUCUUCGCCAACUUUGGGCCAAAUGCGACCACCUUCGUGGUUCCUGCCGAGAUCUUCCCGGCAAGGUUGAGAUCGACCUGUCAUGGGAUAUCUGCAGCUGCUGGAAAGGCUGGAGCCAUAGUGGGCGCAUUUGGUUUCCUCUAUGCAGCUCAAAGUAAGGACCCGAGCAAGACCGACGCUGGCUACCCACCUGGUAUCGGCGUGAAGAACUCGCUCAUCAUGCUCGGUGUCAUCAACCUUGUGGGCGCAGCGUUCACUCUGCUUGUUCCUGAAUCGAAGGGAAAAUCACUCGAGGAUCUAACCGGUGAGAAUGAUGAAGAGGAGAACACUACCGAGCUCGGGAGGAUAGCACCUGCUCCCUGAGAACAGAACGGAUCAAAAAGACAUUCGAUCAACGCAGUCCGAGCAAUUUGAAUCAUCUUUGUAGUUCAUAAAGUUUGUGCAUGCAAUAAUGUAGCUUCCGUUCUCUUCGAGCAUGUUUAAAUUCUUUCGCGGCAUGUACUGGUCACAGUGUCUGUUGUUGGUUAUGGUGUUAUUUGAAUGUUAUUGGUUGUAUAUGUAAGUCCAUUGUUCUACAUUA